CGAUCGCCAAGUAUAAAGAGCGGCCCGAUUUUCAAUUGGUUUGGUUCAUGAACUUCAGAAAGGAGAAAGAAGCAUCUUUAGAAAUAUACCAAUAUGGCGGUAGCGAGAGAGACAACUCCUCUCAUCGAAGAUUUUAAUCGCCAAAGUUAUGGCGAUUUUCGAAGUCGGAGUCCCAUCGUCACAACGCCUUUCGCCGGCGAAGGCCGCAACCACGCCUCGACCCAAACCUCAGACACCACCAUCUCAAUUCAUCCAGACACCAACACCCUCAAUGUGAGGAAUCUUACCUGUUCCGUCAAAGAGACACCAACUGGCUGGUGGAAGCGAAAGUGUGCGUGUAUGAGCAGGUCUCGACGCGUGAUCUUGGAUAACGUCUCGAUGAGGUUGAGAAGCGGGCAGUUGACGGCAGUUUUAGGAACUUCAGGAAGUGGCAAGACGUCCCUCCUGGAUAUCAUAUCAUGUCGCACUCCCGGGAAAGCCAAAGUAACCGGGGACGUCCUCCUCCGGAAUACACGGAUGACUCAGACAAUGGUGAAGGAGCACAUUAGUUACGUCAUGCAGGCAGAUCGUCUGCUUCCAAACCUGACAGUCAAAGAGACGCUCACCUACAUCGCUAUGCUGAAAUUCGCGGCUGGGAUCCCUGGUUUCAAUAUUGAACUGCAAGUGAUGCGUGUAAUCAACGAGAUGGGCCUCCGUCAUGUCGCAGACAGUCGCAUUGGGGGUGUCAUCUCGAGAGGUAUAUCGGGAGGUGAGAAGAGAAGGGUAACCAUUGCUGCACAGUUACUUCAGGAUCCAAGGAUUCUCCUGCUGGAUGAGCCAACAUCGGGCCUGGACAGCUUCACUGCUCACCACCUCGUCCAUAGGUUGUCCUCGCUAGCUAAGAAGAACAAGAUUGUGCUGAUGACCAUCCACCAGCCGAGGUCGGACAUAUUCAAGCUGAUCGACCAGGUGGUCAUACUGUCCAUGGGGAAGGUGGUCUACUGCGGCGCGGCUUCGGAGAUGGUGGGGUACUUCAAGUCGUUUGGCUACCCCUGUCCAAGGAGGGCAAACCCUCUUGACCAUUACGUUGAUCUUGCGAGCAUAGAUCGACGGACCGGACACAGGGAGACCGAAACGAUGCAGACGUUGGAAAUCCUGGUGCAGACGUUCUCAAAAUCUAGCAUCGACAAGGAAACCACUGAUCAAAUUGAAGAGGAAGUGACCCAGACUUCGGAUGAGGAGGGUCUGGCGACAGGUGGUUACUCAUUAACUUUUAGUCGACGGACGCCCGAUUGGUUCUCCACUAUGCUCACUUUACUAAGGAGGAUGACGUUAAACCUGACAAGAGACCGCACUUCAUUCGCCAUGAGGAAUGGACAGUUGGCAAUCUUCAGUCUAUUCAUAUUCCUGUUCAUUGGGCACUUGAAGGACACACAGGAGAGCAUCCAAGACAGGACUGGCAUCUUUUACGAGACCGUCCAAGUCCCUCCAUACGCUGCAUUGCUCAAUGCGGUCUCAUUGUUCACACAGCUUCGUGAUCUUUACUACCGUGAAUCUCGAGAUGGUCUCUACACCAGCAGUCCAUUCCUGGUCGCUUACUUCAUUCACAUCCUACCAUUCAGCUUGAUUGUCUCCGUUCUCUUCUCUACAAUUACGUACUGGUCGAUAGGGCUCUACCCAAGCCUGAACAGAUUCGGCAUCUACUUGGCCGUGGUCUUUAUCUUACACUAUGCUUCCGAACUGCUGGCAGUGACAAUACUGGCCAUCUUCCACAAUGAGCAGAUUGUGGCUUCGAUUGUGUCCCUGAUCUUCGUCGCCUCUGGUCUUAUUGCAUCUGGAUACCUCAGGAGCACGGAGUCAAUGCUGCAGAUAUUUCGGUGGAUGAGCUGGGGAACUCUACACAAGUAUUCCAGUGAGAUUGUUGUAGCGAAUGAAUACCAUGGGUUAAAUCUAACAUGUGACAAGUUGGACAAGGCAUUGCCCUGCAUUUUCACCAAUGGAGACAUCUACCUGGACAUGUUCUAUCCAGAAUCAGUGGACCACAUCAAUGUUGACUUCUACGCACUUGGACUCUUUACAAUAGGCCUGGGAUUACUAGCAAUGAUAGCUUUCAAGAUCAGGCAAACACCAGACCUUAACUGAACAGAAGUCUUCAUCUCUACCACCCAGUAGUAGACACAAAUAGUUACAAAGCAUGGUAGACAACACUUGGUGCUGAUUCUUAUCAAGAACUGUUUAUUAGUUCUUGUUGUUAAAGGAAUUGAUAUGGAACCGUCAUUUCGGCCAAAACCUUGGCUGCCGCCUCAUUUUGGCAACAUAUUAGCUCCAUCAAACCAAUACCUCCAGUUUGGGAUCAAUUCCCUAAUCAUACUGGUGCCCUCAUGCAAACAUGAAACAUGUAAAAAGCACUGAUUUUAAUGUGUAAAUAGUCCCUUUAUUUAUGUACAAAACAUGCACCUAUACAGAUAUAAUGUGGGAAUGGAAAUUAGCAAAUGUAAUAGGCUUAAUAAUACUGUACGUCACAUGAUUGCAAU